AUGGCCAUUGAGCCCAUCUCCCCCACCUCGCCCUCCCCCGACGGCAAACGCCUCGAAUAUGCUCUCGAGCUGCAGGAUCUGGACAGGGUACGCGAAGAUGAGAAACUCGGCGUCUCGACCGUCACUGAUGCGUUGUUGGGCGACGAGCAGCGCGACCAGCCUUCCUCGCAUCCCUCGGCUAAGGCGACGACAUCGACAUCAGCAGGCCUACAUCCGUCCACUCAUCCGCUGUUCCCACCGCUUCCCGUCUACAGCGCUCCCUCGUUUCUCUUCUCCCUGCAAUGUCUCGCGGUCCGAGGCGUGUCGUUCAUCUUGUCGCUGCUCUUCCUGGGCGUUAUCGUCGGCGGGGCGCUGAUCAAUCGGGCCGGAGGGGUGCUACAUAACGGGUAUCUUCGAGUGAGAGGUCAGGAUCCGAACACGCAGCGGAAAUUUCACUCAGAAGAACGGAUCCGGAACCGCGACCGACAAGCCGACCAUCGACGGUGGACUCGCCAGCAGAAGAAGAAAGACGAGGUCGAUGAAGAAGGCCACGGUCCGGUGCCGGACGAGUGUCCGCCGCUGGAAGGCGGUCGGGAUCCCAUCGUCCCUGACGUGGCGUAUUAUGCUCGGCGCGUGGGCCUGGACGUCGAGACGUUCAAAGUGCAGACGGAAGACGGGUAUAUCUUGACGCUGUGGCAUGUUUAUAAUCCCCAGGAACAGAACCCCUCGUCGGUCGCCGACCGACAGUGUCGCGGACCGCAGGUUUUCAUGGGCCAGAAGAACCCUCGUGCGGUGUCGCGCGCGGACGGGCGCCGCAAGUAUCCUGUUUUGUUGCUUCAUGGGUUACUUCAGAGUGCUGGGGCGUAUUGUACCAAUGACGACGAUAGUCUGGCGUUCUUCCUCUGCAAGAGCGGGUACGAUGUCUGGUUGGCGAAUAACCGGUGUGCAUUGAAACCGGAGCAUACGACGCUGUCAUCGUCCGAUCCGCGCAUGUGGGCGUGGAAUAUUCGGCAGAUGGGAGUGUUUGACAUCGCGGCUCACAUGUCGCGAGUGCUGUAUGAGACUGGGUUUGAGAAGCUCGGUCUGGUGUGUCACUCUCAAGGGACCACUGAGACACUGAUCGCUCUGGCAAAGGACCAGCGACCGGAGCUGGGCGAGCGAAUCUCCGUCUUCUGCGCCCUCGCUCCCGCGGCGUAUGCCGGGCCUCUCGUGGACCGGGUCUACUUCCGCAUCGUGCGCGCCCUGUCACCGAGGCUAUUCCGACUCGCCUUCGGCAUCCACUCGUUCAUCCCCUUCAUGAUGACCAUGCACGCGCGUCUUAAUCCCCGCGUCUAUGGCACCCUCGGCUACUACGUCUUCUCGCAUCUCUUCGGCUGGAGCGACACACACUGGGACCGCGGUCUGCGCGACCGCAUGUUCCAGUUCGCGCCCGUCUACGUCAGCACCGAGACCAUCCGAUGGUGGCUCGGACGCGACUCAUUCUCCAUCCAAAAAUGUAUCCUCGCCACGCGCGAGACCUGCCUCCUCGAAAUGGAAGAGGACCUGCGCGCCGAGCAAGGCCUCACCCAGGACUCCCAAAUCCGCACCGACACCGCGUGGUACGGGCCCCAGGCUCCCCCGAUGGCGCUGUGGAUCGGAGGAUCCGAUGACCUGGUUGACGGGCGACGACUGCUGCGGCGGUUGCAGAACGGUCGCGAGCCCCAUGUCCGGGUCGUUCACGCGAAGGUCAUCGAGGAAUAUGAGCAUUUGGAUGUCCUCUGGGCUAUGGACGUCGUUGAUCAGGUCGGAAAGGAGAUCUGCCAGGUUCUUUGGAACACCAUGCCUGAGGAUGUGAGGGGGCUGUGUCGGGCUCCGAGGGGUGUGUAG